AUGUCUAAUGAAAGGACCACGUUCUGGCCACUUGUGCCAAAGCCAUCAUCCAGGCUAGCGCGGUACCGUGUAUUGUCUCCUCUUGCUGGCGUCCAUGUCUCGCCCUUGCAGCUCGGUGGCAUGAGCAUCGGUGACGAGUGGGAGAAGAACCACAUGGGUAGUAUGAACAAGACAUCCUCUUUGAAGCUCCUCGACGCAUUCUACGAAGCUGGGGGAAAUUUCAUUGACACCGCUAAUCACUACCAAAGUGGGCGCUCUGAAGAAAUCAUCGGGGAGUGGGCAGAGGAACGGGGCAUCCGUGACCAGCUCGUGAUCGCUACCAAGUACACGACCAGUCACCUGGACGGCAACGACGCCAUUCGCCAGAAGGUGGCAUAUGUCGGCAACAACAUCAAGUCGAUGCACAUCAGCGUCGAGGCCAGCUUAAAGAAGCUGAGAACUUCAUAUAUCGAUAUCUUGUACGUACAUUGGUGGGACUGGGACACUUCCGUAGAAGAGGUGAUGAAUGGUCUGCAUGUGCUUGUGCAACAAGGGAAAGUGUUGUAUCUUGGUAUCUCGGACACUCCUGCUUGGGUCGUGUCCAAAGCGAACCAGUAUGCUCGGGACCAUGGAAAGUCACCGUUCGUGAUAUACCAGGGUGCUUGGAACGUCAUGCUUCGGGACCUUGAAAGGGAUAUCAUACCAAUGGCCCGCUCCGAAGGCCUUGCGCUCGCCCCUUGGAACGUCCUUGCCGGCGGAAAAGUUCGAACCGACGAGGAAGAGGAACGCCGCCGGCAGACGGGAGAGAAAGGCCGCAUGAUGAUGAAUCCCAAAUGGGAACGCAACGAGAAGGAGAAGGCCAUGAGCGCAGCGCUAGAGAAGGUCGCGAAAGAAGUUGGCACGAAGCACAUCACAGCAGUGGCCAUUGCAUAUAUUAUGCAGAAGGCACCAUAUGUGUUCCCGAUUAUUGGUGGGCGAAAAGUGGAGCAGUUGGAGGCCAACCUGGAGUCUCUGGCGAUUUCGCUCACAGCUGAGCAGGUAAAGUAUUUGGAGAGCAUCGUUCCUUUCGAUCACGGCUUCCCUUACACCAUGAUUGGUGAUGGCACGCAAUAUAAUCGUAUGUUGCAGCAUGUUGCAUAUCUAGAAAAACAACCGCUGGCACAGGCUAUAAUUCCAGAUGCUGAUUAG